UCUGCGACAACACACAGUCGCGCGCGAGCCGUCGUCUAGACCAGCACGCGCCGCUCUUUCCUCGUCGUCAUGUUUGCUGCCACUGCUGUUGCCGACUGAACCACUGUCACAACAGACCGUCCACUAAUGCAUCACCACUGAGUAUUUGUGGAUUUCGCCCAAGAUAUCAGCGGCAACUGCUGCAGUGCGUGAAUGGUAUCUGUAUAGAUAUACGGCUUUGCGUGCAACCAAAUGUAAGGGAGGCAAAAUAAAGAGGCACACAGCAUGGAUUAUGUUAUUGUUCGAAGGUAUUCGUCUGGAAUUGUGCGGAGCGCCAGUGGCGAUCAAGAAAAUCGCUGGCAAUAUAACUGAGCUCGAGGAUCGGUUGGCCGUUGCUGCUGCUGCCACACCACGCGAGCUUGCACGUCGAUUCUCCAGCGCCUCGGAUAUCUACUGUUGAACAAUUGGACAGCCGCUUCCUGUUCCAACUCUUCGAACUUUUUUCCCACUCUCUUGCGCUCUCUCAGCCGAGUUUGGCCAUGGCUGCUACUACUUUUUGUCUCGCUACCCUGCUGAUAUUUCUCCUGGAGACAGGCAGUUACACACAUGCCCUCGAGGAGAACUGCACGGACUUCCAAGGCUACCAGGUUAGACAUGGGCUACUCUACGUGCCGGGACCUGCGGUCUGCAGUCUUUGCGUUUGUUACCAUUCGGAACCUAUGUGGUGUCAGGCCAUUUACUGCACGCCACCCUACAAAUGCAAGAAGUUCCGAGUGGGCGAGCGAUGCUGCGAAUUUCAAUGUCUCGACGGUACGGACGCGGCAAAUGACUGGAAUGAUCCUGACCUUAUCAUAGCUGCAUCCUCCAUCUCGAUUCAUCGUCCGAGAGAAUUCGCAGCUUUGUUGUUCUUGCCAACGAUGCUGCUGAGACUAGCGGCCUCCUAACUCGAGACAAACCCGAGGAUUUCUACAACUGGCUUCUUUAAGCACACAGUUCCGAUAAAAACACGCUGAAAGAAGAAAGAAAGCCAGCCCGAGAGAAGCUCUCGAGCCCGAUCCAUCUCCCGCGGAAGAGAUGUACGCAAUGUGAAAGAGAAAGUCCUUGGGGAAAUCAGCGUCAACACGGCAGAUUAUUAAAAAAGUCCGCGCUCGUGUGUCGUCGAGGUAUGGCUAUGCACAUUCAGUAAGGAAAGUGAGCACCGCGACACUCGUACAGCGGCUCGGGAAACGGCCGUGCGACAUUUAACAUUUCGGAAACCAUAGUCCGAGAGAGUGAUCCGAGGCUCGCGUGGACGCCUGCGCCCGAGCGAAGAGUGAGCGGGGAGGUCGCGCGCCAGGCUCAGAUCACUUUGGCGCGCGCACGUGUCGCGCGUUUGAUUUUUCGACACGACGUGCGCGAGGCGGGAUUCGAAGCACGCUUGCUUCCCCGAGUCUGCGUCAAUCGACGAGUCCUCGCGCGCACGGAGCGUCCAAAAAAACUAUCUAGCUGAUUUUAACAUAUAGAUAUGUGUGACGUUAUACAUAGCACCGUACUAGCUGCAGAUACAAGCAAAUGCAAGACCCACGGCUACUUUCAAACUUUAUAUUGUAUAUGUACCACGAGCAACGAGAUGCCAAGUUGAAUACAGAUACGUAGAUAUAUUUAUCUGAAACGAGAGAUGUGUACGUCGAGUGAUUUUUCAAGCACAAUACGAAUGUGUAUGCGAGAUUUGUGAUGUAUAGAUUUUUUAUCGGUUUUCGCGCGCGCGCAUCAUAUUGUAUAGCUUUUGCAGCCAGUUGUAUAUCGAAGGCAAGCCUUUUAGAACACGUAGCCAAAAAUACGAGGAGGAAUUGCUGUUGAAAGAUUAUCAACUAAUUCUUGAUGUAGCGCAUUUAAAAAUGUAAGACGUAAAAGCCUGUUAAGUUUUACAAAAAUAUACUAUAGUUAAUUUCACUUAAUACUCGUAUUGCCUACGCGUAUUCCUUGUAAACUUUUGUUAUAUGAAUAUUGUUCAAGUUUGUCUGUUGUACGCUUACAAAUGUGAGAACUGUACUGUUGGCAAUUUUUUUAAUGAAUCUCGAAUAUGAAUGCUAUUUUAGACAAUUCAAUGAGCAUUUGAAUAAUGAAAGUUAUCGUGAUUAUACCACUUUUAAAAUAGUGCACGUUUUUUUUUUUCAUUUCUAAAUGUUUUGCAAAUUUCUUUAUUAUGCAAUUGAUAUUUUUUACCUAAGCGUUAGAAGUUUAUAAUUUUUACAAUUUUGAAAAUGGAAAUUUUUCGGCUAGAUAUAAGAUACGUUGUUACAACUCUUCGCCAGAUUUUAAAUAUAUUCCUGCGUACUUAUCUUGAAGGCAAGUAAAGCCGCAAAAUAAUUUUUAUGUACAGAAAUUGCAAAAUGUCAACAAGUGGAUUGGCGUUAUUUCUGAAUGAAAUUAAUCUGCACAGAAAACAUACAGUACGUCCAAUAGACUAUAAUAAUAAAUGGUAAAUAUAUGAAUAAAUAUAUGGGAAAUGCUAUGACUAUAUUUUCCUGAGUAAUUUUUAAUUACUUAAAAAUAAAUAUUUCAAUUUUUAUACAUUUAUAUUACAGUGUAACUGAAAGUUUAUUGAUUAAUUUUAAGUUAUAAAUUCAAAAAGAACGACAGAUAAUCUAUAAGAAAUAAAUACACUAAUAUAAAACUUUCUAUAUUGAAUUCUAUCUCCUUUUGGUAUAUCUAUUCUUUUCAAAUACAAUUACAAACUAAUUUUAUAAUUUAGGUAUAGGUAUGUGUCUUUCGUAUUAAAUAAAUAUAGUUUAUAUUUUUAGAAAUACGAACAUGAUUUAGAUAUAAACUAUAGUGCGAAAAAGAAAUACAUAUCUUCUUGAAGGAUAUGAUCAUAUCUACACAUAAGAAUCCUACAGGUUGAAAAAUUAUCACUUUACUAUAAACUUGCAUGAGCUACAUAAAGAUAAUCUGCAUGUUUUUUAAGUCUUAUCUAAAUAUAAGACAAGUUAUAAAAAAAAUAUUUAUUUUAUAUAAAAACAGUGGCUACAAUCAAUCCAAGAAUGUUCAAUGUUACAUUUGAUUAUUUAAUAAUCUGGUUUUCUCAAGAAAUUGUUAGACGUUUCAACGUGUUAAAAUUAAUAUGAAAUCAUAUAUUUUUUAUGGAAUUAAUAGAAAUGUUGUAUUUGUUAUAGUAAACAUCAACGUUAAUUAAUGGAUUAUUAAACAGUAAUGCUGAAUAUAUUUCAUGUUUUGCAGAAAUUUUAAACAACGAGAAUGGAGUAUGAUAAAUAUGAUAUUACAACAGUAGCGUAUCACUUUACAUACAUACGUGACUUUAUGCAUAACUCUUGUAAUAUAUUGAAAUGUAUUAUAUUCUGUGUAAAGCUCAAAUUACAUGUCACUCCAAUAUUGCCAUUUAAACAUAAUCUCUUUAUAAGUAGAAAGAAUAUAAAAAUUUCAAUGAUUCUUAAUUUAUGAUAAAAACUUCAGCACCAGUUGAAUUUGACCAACUGUAUAUUUUAAUUUUUUUUUUUUCGUAAUUUUAUCUUCAAGCGCUUUUAACAAAUAUUUUUAAUGCCUUCUACUACGAGUAGUAAAGUUAUAUUCUGUUAAAUCAUUUUACAUAUAUUUCGAAGUUUUACACUUUAUAACAUAAAUUGAUUAUAUUCAAUUGAUGUCUCCAAAGCUGUGUAUAGUAUGUAAUGUAUAAAAACAGUAAAAGAAGCAGCUUUACGGCACUGCAAAAAUGCAUUACCAUUAACUGAGGGGUUAAAGUGGACUCAAUAAUCAUAAAAAAAAAAGAAUAGCUUACUCAAAGGUAACCAAGCUUACGCAUAGUUAGAUUUACAUUUUGAUGCCGAGAAUAAGUAAAAUUGAUUUCUACUAAAACAGUUUAUUUAUAACAGGCAAUUUGUACUUGGGCGAAUUUGCAAUCAAUUUUUCAAUCCAAUGAAAAUACAUACCAUGAUAAUUUAUAUCUUCUAAAUAUACAGUAUUUUGAUUCACAUAUAUAAUUCAUAAUCUAAUUUUUCUGCAGAAAAGUCUUGAUAAAAAUCAAUAUAGCUAUAUAUCACUUUAGGAAUUUAGGACUCUGUUACUGAACACAUGAGCUAUUACAGCAAUGUAAUUUUUUUCUACUCACCGAUGUUUAAAUCACGUCAAAAUUGUCUUAAUUUUGAGUUUAGUACUUUGAUAAAUAAUUCAUUUUUUAAGCGAAUGUAAAGCGAAGUAUUAUUUACCAUAGUACUGUUUGCCCAAUAUAAUCCUUCCAAAUAAACGUCUCACUAUAGUGUUUCUGUUUCUACAUAUAAUGGAAAUCAUGAUAGAUUAAACAUUAAAAAUUUUUCUCUAAUUGGGAAGUCUGCGUCAGAUACCCAUAAGCGUUAAAAGUACCUGUGAAAAUUUUUAUGACCCAUAACAAUGUAUUGUGUCAUAAGAGAAUCUUCAAACACAUGCAGAUUAAUCGUCAAGUGGCCUUUUAUGUCAAAUAAUAACAUUGUACA